AUGGCUGUUGAAUCUACACGUGGUAGUAGAGCGGCUGGUAAGAGAAUUUCAACAAGGCGCUCUCGAUUAGAUGGCGAUCGAUCACGACCAGGAAUUGUAACCAAGAAAACAAACUACUUUAAUACCCCUAUAACUCCAGCUGAGAUGGAAUUUACUGAAAAGGCUAAAAAAUUCUAUGUUGGUGUCAUAGUUUUCUGCAUUUCGCUCAUGGUCAUUUUGGUUGUUUUCGUUGCUAAACCCACUGAACCUGAUUAUACUAGCAAAGAUUGGUUUAUGCCUAAAAGGAGGAGUAUCUUAGCCAUGGCUAGCGAAGUAAUAGAUAAGAAAGAAGGUGAUGGAUACUCUGUGAGUGAUAUGAAUUUGCAAGAGAUUGAUGAAAAGGAAGGCACCAAUAAACCUGCUGUGAAUUGGAGUGCAGUACCAGAUGAGAUCAAGAAUUUUAAAUCAAAAAAGAUAAGAAAAAUAACCAUGAAAAAUAUCUAUUUAGACAGCAAACGUAAGGUGUACAAAGAAAUUAAGCACAAAAAUAAGAAAAGCCAUGUUAAAAUAUACACCAUUGAUGCAUUUCUAAGUGAUAAAGAAUGCGAUGGAUUAAUUGGUGCUCAUAACAGAUAUGUUAGCAAAUUCAAUAAACAAGAUCCUAUCAUGUGCUUUGAUGCUAUCUCUACGCUCAGGAGCCAUCUGAAAGAUGCAAAGUUGAAAAUGCAAGUUACUCCGAAUGUCUUUACAGAAGGCACGACAUGUUUAAACGCUAGUUUUUCUAGCUUAUUAAAAAAACAUCUUAGGUGGAGUUAUAGUACUGCCUUUUAUAAUGGUGAAAGCCCCUUUGCUACUCGCUUCGCAGAACGUAUUGAGGCAGCGACAGGCCUGCCACAAAGCCACGGUGGAAAGUUUCAAAUUACAUCAUAUCCAACAUCUAUAAAUUACAAAGCUCAUACGGACUGUAUGACGGCUACUAAAGAAAAACGAGAUAGAUAUGCAACUGUUUUGGUCUAUUUAACGGACGUCUCGAAAGGCGGCUAUACCAAUUUUACAGAAUUAAAUGUACCUGUCGUCCCUGCUAAGGGUAAAGCACUAAUAUGGAAUAACAUGGACAAAGGCGGUAAUUGCGAUCCUACUUCCAUACAUGCCGCAUCUGAAGUGGUUCGAGGCUUUAAAUAUAUUAUUCAGAGAUGGUACUAUUAUGAAAAUUUUUAUGCCCUUGGAAAGCGUUUAAAAGAACCCGAAUUGCCUGACCGUAAGCCAGAACAACCCAGGGUUACUUGUGAUGAAUAUCAAUAUGGAAGUUGUCGAUGGUAUGAUGAAUGGAAUUAUGAACACUUACUGGCUUAUCGUGAAAGUGCAAAUAAGUUAUAA